AUGCUGGUCGCGACGGUCUACCUGUGGACGGCGGAGGGCUGGUCCAACCGCAACGUUGCCAUUGUUACGAGCGUCGUGGAGAUUAUGGAGAGCCUGGGCAUGCCAUGGGUGAUCGGCGGCGAUUUCCAGAACCCCCCUGGCGUCCUGGCAGAGGUGGAGGCCAUCAAGCAGGCGGAGGCCAUGCUAGUGGCGCCCACGACGGUGUGCGGGACGUGCCGCGCAGCUGGGGGUAGCUCGACCAUCGGCUAUUUCGUUGUGUCCAAGGGCUUGCGUGACAAGGUGGUCAAGGUCGUGCUGCAGGAAGGGUGGCCGUCGGCGCCGCACAAGCCGGUCGGCCUCGCCCUGGAUUUGAGCGUCCAGGCGAAGCGCACCAGGACCCUGCAGAAGCCGAAGGACCUGGACGAUGUCAGCAUUGGUUGCGCCCCUGAGCCGCCGAGUUACGACAAGGUGGGGGCUUUCGACUCGGUGGGUACUGCCACCAAGAACUGGAGCCACUUCAUGCAUAAGCUGGAGCGUGAGGCCUUUGGGGUUCGCGGGAUGGCGUGGGAUCCACAACGUCAGCAAGCAGGACGGGCGCGUGAACUUUUUUGGCAGAUCAUGGAGGUCAAGCAGGGUGGUCGUAACCUGCCGAAGCCGACAGGGGCGGCGCUCUGGUGGAGGUGGCUUGCGAGGACUUUGGGCAACCUGAAGGAUGCCUACGAUCGGUUGCAGUCGAAGACGGUCAACGCUGGCCCCAUCACCCAGAGGCUGGUCGAUGUUCUUGCACAGGAGAGGCUCUUCAAGCUCAGCGGCACGGCUCGCAACGUGGGGAUGAAGCAGCGCAUCCUGGAGGCGCUGCUGGAGGAGGCGAGAGCCAAGACAAAGCGUUUCGAUCAGGAGCUGACCAACGAGAGGAGGAAAGAGUGGGCAGCCAAGCUGGAGUCGGCGGCGAAGGGUGCGGCAGGACGCGGCGUGGGAGGUUCUUUUGGCUCACGAAGCGGACGCUCCUGGGACACUGAUCUUGCAGUCACUGCCACGACCACAGCGAUCCUGGACCUGAUGAAGGCCUUCGAGAGGGUGAAUUUGCACGUCCUGUGGGAGUGGGGCAAGCGCAUGGGCUUUCACACAGGUGUCCUGGCAGUGGUCUGCUCCUGUUUUGCCAUGGCGCGGCGUGUCAACACGGGGGGCGCGGUGUCGCUCGAGACGAGCACGGUGUGCACCAUCAUUGCAGACAGCAAGUUCUCGGUGGGUUUCCUUAAGAUGGUGAUUCAGGAUGCGGUCGACGGCUUGGUGGUUGAGCAUCCGCUGGCAAAGCGGCGCACGUGCGUCGAUGACCUCAGCAUCAGGCAGAGAGGUACGCAGCAGGGGGUGGCCGAUGUUUUCCCGCUGGCGAUCGAGGACAGCUUUGCGAGUUUUGUUGAGCUGGGCUUGGAGUUCUCCGCGGGCGCAAAGGGCAAGGUCGCAGUCAUGGCUAGCACCAACUGGCUCAGGGACGCCGUGCAGGGCGAUAUGGGCCAGAGGGGAUUGCCAGUUGUCCGAGCCUGCCCAUACCUUGGGGCCGACAUGGUUCCCAGUGGCACGGCGCUCAAGGCAAAGAGCGGUAAGCGCUUCGCCAAGAUGCGGAGGCGGACGGCCAGGCGAGCGGCGGCGAUCAGGUACACCAAUGACCUGGAUUACGUGGACCGAGUGGAGGUGCUGAAGAAAUACAGGUACGAGCGUGGCGCGGUGCAGCAGGUACUCCGACGGCUGCUCGGUGACGGGCUGCGACGGGUUCCUGACGAUGGAGAAAGGCAGCUGGAAGCGGGCAGCGGGUGCCACAACGUCGGCAGCCUCGGCGAGUUGCUGGAUCUUGUCGUGCAGGUGGGACGGCAAUUGGCCAUCUCGGGGGGGCGCGUCAGCGGACGACGGCGGGGCCUCAGCCAGCGUGACGGCCCGCAGGAGCAACUCCAGAGGGCGUGGAAGCAACAGCAAAUCGCAGUGGGCAUGCAGCCGCAGUGGGGGCGUGCCAAAGGCCCCGCAGGUGCUGUCAUCAUGUCCAUACGCAGAGCUGGCUGGACGUGGCUGAAGUGGCACGUUCUCCUGAUGCGCAAUGGGGAACAGCUCAACCUAUUGGAGACCUGCCCCAACGACGUCGGGAUGCUAUUGCAGCAAGAUCUGGAGGCACAGUUGUGGGCGCAGUGGACAGCAGAGCCCGGGCACGAGAGUUUGGCGCCAGCACCUUUCUUGCAGCCCGCAAGGGCGGUGUUGGGGGCCAGGAACUCCCCGAAGCAUGCGAAGAACGCAGCGAGGAAGGUGCUCAUAAGCGGCUCCUGGACCAUGAGUAAGCUUCGUAAGCGCAGCAUCACGCCGACGGACAUCUGCGCGGCGGACUGGCAGCACGUGGCGGAGCAGCAGGUCGACAGCUUGCUGUGGGCGGGGGGGCUGGUGAGAGAUCCGUCGGUGGACUGGCAGUUUCGCACCGUUACGGAGGAGCAGUACCACUUCGUGGUAAACGAGGGCUCCGAGGCUCACCUCACGGGUGACAUCGUCUGCGACGGGUCGAAGAUGGGCGGCAGCAAGUGGGCGCAGGCUGGGUGGGCAGCUAUGGCGAUCAACGGUGAAGGUGCGCCAACUAUCCAGCUCUGGGGCCCGCUGCCGUGCCAGUGCAGUGUGCAGACGACGGUGAAGCGUGCGGAGAUGUGGGCCUUCCUCAAGGUGUUGGAGGUGGUGAUGCCACCAUGCAGGAUCUACACCGAUCACCAGGGGAUCGUCGACGGUCUGGCUCGAGGUGCUAAUUGGUGCCUCUCCUGGAAGCGGCCGCGUGCGGACUUGUGGCGGAGGAUCUGGCACAUGGUGGCCGACAUUGGUUUGGGCCGCGGCUGCGUGGGGCACGUCGAGGCGCGUCGUUCCAAGGCCGCGAUCAACAGGCUCGAGGAGGGCCAGCAGGCCAUCGCCAGGGGUAACGCGGCCGUUGACCUCUUGGCGAAGUGCGGAGCCGAGGACGAUUGCGGUUGCGGCAGGCAGGAGGUGCUUGAUAGGCUCGGGGAGAAGGCCAAGUGGGCCAUCCAGAGCGUCGGGUGGUGGCACCAGCAGCUGAACGGACUCGCGUCGCAGCUGCACGAGGAGUGCAGCAGCGUGCGGCUGCGUCGACGGCUACGGGGGACACGGGAGUUGGGCCUGUGGCGGCUGCCGUCGCCGUGGGGGCUGCCGUGGCGGGUUUGGCUGCAGGAGAGCGAGGUGCAGCUGAUGAAGCAGAGCCUGGUGAGCCAGCUGUACUGGAACCAAUACAGCGAGGGCGGGGUGGUGGACUACGGCGAGGCGCACUGGUACCAGUGCGGCGUGGGCUGA